AUGCGCGGCGAAUACUGCGUGUACGGCGCGACCCUCCUCUCCCUCUUCUCAGCGAUCAUGUUGGUCUUUGCCAACAUCUCGCAGCUCAGCCCUGGAGCCGUCACUUCGGGCCUCUUCUUUGCCGAGGUGAACUGCAAGGGCCUGGGGACCGCCUACGACGUCGCUGGCGGCGGUUCGGGCGGUUUGACGACUGGUGACCCCAAGGCAGCCCUUGGCCAGGGUAUCGGUAGCAGGCAAUACUACAGAUACGGUGUUUACGGUGCAUGUGGUUAUCUCCCGAACGGCGGAACCUGCAACGCGACCUCGUUUGGAUACCCCUUUGACCCAUCCGGACAGAUCGGAGCCGAUAUCACCACCGACCGCGGGAUGCGAGGUACCCUCUUUGGUCUCCUCGGCGGUGACCAGGCUAUCACCGACAGUGUCUACAACAUGACCCUUUCGCGCGCUGCCAACCUCCUUAUCUUCCUCGGUACGGUCAUGUGCGGUAUCGCAUUGGUCGUCGGGAUCUUCAAGACCCGGAUAACCUUCCUGGUGGCCACCAUCAUGUCGGGCGGGAGUGCUCUGUUCCUCAUGGUCGGUGCCGCCAUGUGGUCAGCGAUCGUUGCCCGGAACGCACCCAUCGCCACCCGGAUGUUGACCGAGACCAACACUGUCGGCGUGACCGUCACCGCCGGUGCAGCCUUGUACUUGGUAUGGGUCGGAUUCGUCUCGCAGACACUAUCGGUCAUCCCCUACGUCAUCUCCUUCCUCACUUUCAGGCGCCAGAACGGCAAGGCGUACGAAUAG